AGCAUUUCCCAUAUCUCAUCUACCUUCUACUCUACAGGGGUUUCUCUUCUGAAAAAUGGGCGCAUUUACGAAGUUGAUUGACGCAGUUCUCCUCUUCUUCUUUCUCGUAAUCGCGGUGGCGGCGCCGUUGAUUGACGCGCAGACAUGUCUCCCAUCCAGCUACUUCCCAGACUUCUUGAUCGAUCUAAAGAAGUGGUACAGCCAAGAGUACGGCGACUAUCUCCUCUCUGAGAAGCCCCAUUUCUUCGUCGGAGUUGUUUGGCUUGAGCUCCUCUUUCAAUGGCCUCUCGCACUUUUCAAUUUGUAUGGGAUUUUGGCUUCCAAGCCUUGGUUUAGCACCACCUGCUUGAUCUAUGGCUCCUCCUUGUUCACUUCCAUGGCUGCUGUAUUAGCUGAGCUGAUGGGGUCUGGCAAGGCAUCGGAUAAAUUGUUGAUGAUUCACUCUCCCUUUAUGGGUUUUGGGGUAAUAGCAAUUCUGCGCGGGUUGAUGCCAGUCUCCGCCAAGACUACUUCGGCCAUGGGCAGGAGACCUGCACUGCCUCGGAAGAAGAGAGCUUGAGACACAAUUUUUCUGAUACUUUUUUCUUUUUUUUGUGAUAUUAGAGCGCUUUACCAAUUUCUCUUUUAUUAACUGACUCGUUAUGAGAUUUUUUUUUCUCUAAUUUAAUCUAUUGAGGAAGUUCUUCACAUGAAUAAUGGUUACUUCUUACUAUUUGAUUUACUUUGAGAUGGAAAUGCAUGACUGGAGAUGGAUUUUUGGUUUGUUUAA